AUGUGCUUCCGCAACACAAGAAUUGAGGAUCUUUGCCUUGACUUUACCCUCCCUGGAUAUCCAGAUUAUGCUCUCUUUUCAGCAUCUGAUUUAAAAAUGGUAAAUCUGUAUAAUUUAGAAGAAUAUGUCUCAUUUAUCGUAGAUGCAACGGUAAAAUCUGGAAUCUCUAGACAAGUGGAAGCAUUCAUGUCAGGUUUUGAUCAGGUCUUCCCUAUAAGACAUCUAGAGAUUUUCACUGAAGACGAAUUAGAGUGCUUGCUAUGUGGAGAACAUGAACUGUGGAAUUCGAGCGCACUUUUGGAUCACAUCAAAUUCGAUCAUGGAUACACAGUUAGCAGUCCCCCAGUUGUAAACUUACUGGAAAUCAUGCGACAGUUUGAUAAUAAACAGCAAAGAGCAUUCUUGCAGUUUGUGACUGGAGCACCCCGGCUUCCAACGGGGGGUUUGGCUUCUCUCAACCCUAAAUUGACAAUUGUUCGGAAGCAUUGCAGCAAACGGGUAGAUGAUGACCUCCCAAGCGUAAUGACCUGUGCAAAUUAUCUGAAGCUUCCACCUUACUCUUCAAAAGAGAUCAUGAAAGAGAAGCUCUUGUAUGCCAUAACGGAAGGACAAGGUUACUUGUGGGUGUACAUAAAUGUGACCACAGUUUAG